AUGGCUACUAGAAUGAAGAAAGUAGCUACAUUGCUAUUAUUCAUCGCAACAAUAGCUACAGCACUUUGGGUCGUUUUCAUCUAUUUAAAUUCCUCCAUUUUCGUUGACAUCGAGCCAACAGGUCUAGAAUGCGACAACGACAACGUGAAUAAAAUGUUAUCUUGCCAAUUGCAACAUGUUAUCCAAUCAACAACACCAAAGCAACAACAACAGCAACACCACAUUGCUCCACAUUCACAAGAUUGCGUUCGUCUUAUUUUUAGUUAUCGUUAUUUUGAACAACUUGCAAUGGCAACAACUAACUUUAUAUCUUUAGCUAGCUUGGCUACUUUACUCGACGGUAGUGCAGUCAUUCCUUAUGUCCACCAUUCACGAAUGUCUGGUGUACCACAAGGAAUCGGUCGCAAUCGAAAAUUGCAUGAUAUUCGCUAUUUUAAUAUGUCACUUUAUUUCGAUCUUAAAGGUGUUAACCAAGUCUUGCAACAACAUCGUUAUUCACCCUUGGUAUCCUAUGAUUACUUAACUAGUCGAUGCAAUAAAACGUUAGAUGUCUUAAUCCAUUUCAUCUUUCAAGGCAAUACUAAAGAUGCUAAGAAAUGGUACAAAAUUAAUAACAGAAUUUUCCAACAGGUUAAAGAUCGGCUAGCUAAAACGAAAAAGGGUUGGACAUUCUGUCCAUUUAUUGCCAAUGCUAAUAUUGCUCAACAACUAGGAGAUUUUAAUAUUAAACGUUAUAUCUGUGUUGAUCCAACUAAAUUUCAAUCAGUUGAAAAAUUUAAAAGACAAGUUCUAAAAGAUACAAAGUGUAUUGGUUUUGUACAGUGGAAAGGGAUUGGUACUAAUCGUGCUUUGUUUAAUUUGACACGCAAUCAACGCAUUAAACCAUCGCUAUUCCCACAUAAUAAAAAAUUGAUCAGUAUUGCUAAGACAUAUAUCAAACGUUAUCUCUCUCCAAGAUAUAUUGCUGUUCAUGGAAGAAUUGAACGCUUAUUAAUUGGUAAAACUUCUCAAGCUGGAAUACGAUAUCUACGAAGUUGUAUGCAAGUAUUAAAUCGUAAUUUAUUUUACCUACGUCAACAACAUAACAUUGAUCGUUCCUUUUUAUCCACUGAUCUUGCUGAUUCUGGUUCAGAUACUAUUUAUAAUAAAUAUUAUGAACAGGAAAGAAAAUUGGAAAAGAAGAAAGAAUUAUACCAUAUGGCUAUAGCUGAAUUGAGUCAGCCCCAUGUUUUCAACGCUAGUCUCGUGGAUAAAAAUGACCAUGCUAUAUUAAGAGAUAAUGGAGCGACGGCUAUUGUCGAAAUGCAAAUAUUAAGUCAUGCUGACAUCUUAAUUACUAUUGGUGGUGGUAAUUUCCAGCAGUGGAUAGUUGAUUUGUAUAUGAAGAAGCAUCCACAUAAUCCUAAAAUUAUUCCAAUCUGUCAAAAUUUAUAA